UAUGACGUCACUGCGCUUUCAAGAUAAUGUCGCCAUAGUAACCGGUGGCUGUCAAGGUGUUGGAAGAGGCUGUGUUGAUGUUUUGGUUGAAAAUGGUGGUAAAGUAGUUAUUUUUGAUAUUAAAGACGAACUUGGGGCUACAAUGAUACCAAAAGGACCAGGCGAGAUAAAGUAUAUACACUGUGACGUCACAAAAGAGGACGAAGUUAAGAAAGCAAUUGAUCUAACAGUACAGACUGUCUGGUGAACAACGUCGGAACUCUGCAAGGAGCAUACUCUGUUGACGAACUCUCUGUUGAAAGUUUCCGGGAGCUUCUAGAAACAAAUCUCCUCAGUAACUUUACAAUGAGCAAGUAUGCGUUACCUUACCUACGGAAAUCAAAAGGUUGCAUUGUAAAUAUAUCUAGUACUGCUGCAAAUUCUGCCGCGAAAAAUGUAUCAACUUAUUGUGCAACAAAGGGAGGAGUAAAAGCACUUACCAAAGCUUUAGCAAUUGACGAAGCCAAGCACGGUGUAAGAGUAAACUCGCUUGCACCAGGUGCAGUUGACACGGUAUAUUUAAGAGAAAAAGUCCCUGCAGAACAACGGGAGUAUCUCGAAAAAUGUCAUACCUUAGGCAGACUUGCCCAACCCCGUGAGAUUGGGUAA